CAACUAUAUCGAACACAGAAGCUCCACCACAAGCGCGACUAUGCACAAGACACAAAAUCCAUAUUCCAACCCGAACUCGACUGUAAUCAAGCAUAAACCAACGAAAGCGAAAAAUCAUCCCCGACAUCAUCGCUUCAUCGACAAAGACACACAACACACAACCAGCCAACAACCUUUGAGUAACGGAAAUCGAACUUCCAAACAGUCACAGUGGAACUCUUGCCGAAGUAACGUCGCGUGGUACCGUUAUAAAAUUUGUUGGAUCAGAGAACCAGGCAAAGGCAAGACUCGGUCUUGCAUUAUAGUUUCAUAUAAACAGCAAGUCCCCAUACUUUCGUAGAAAUUAACAACCCCCUCCUUGAAUAACUCAUACAAAUUCAACCCCUAAGCUCUGUCAGGUUCAUUGUAUACUCGACUUGUACAUUACUAGCUACAGUAAGAGACACAUUUUGGAUGUUUUUGUUUUGUAUCGGAUGAAUUAUUCAUUUCUCCGGAAUCCAGCUAGAACCAGAAUAGGUAAAAGUUCGGAUAUAUACAUACGUUGUGAUCGUUCGUCGGUCGGUCGCUCGCUUGGUCGGUCGGACAUAGCGAUACGCGCCGCGCGGUCAUACAUUUCUACUAACUCAUACACUACCGAUAUAGAUAUACAUAGGUAUAGCUACACACAUAACCAUACACACACCUCGAAUCUCCCGUUCGAAACAGCCACCCGCUUUUGGCGAAGGUUGAAAUAGCAUUAUCCUGUUACCUGUAAUCAAAUGUGAAAACAAGCAAACAAAAAAGGAGUCAUUUCCAAGGACUUUAGCUCCUGCUUCUUUCUUAAGGAUUAAAUUGUCUGCGAAGCUCAGUUGGAUUGUUAGCGAUUUGUUGCAAACUUUACGACUUUCACAAGGAGUUUUCUUUAGGAAUGUUAACGUGUGUGUGUGUUUGUUCUGUUUGAAUCAAAUAAUGAAUAACGUUGCCUGUUUGUUUUCGUGUUCGUCUUCCCCUUCCUCGAGCUAAAAAAGGCCAUUCGAGACUGAUUUUCCCUUUAGUAAAAAUUACAUUCAAGUCAAAAAAUUAUUGUGAACAAGUUUGUAUGCUUCAACCAACCCAAAAAAAUCACAUAAAAAAAUAAGGGCAAGAAAUUAGUAUCAAUUUAUAAUGUAAUGAAAUAUUACGAUGCCCAAGUGGUAGUGGUGAAUAAAAAUCAGAUAGAAUAUACUUGAAAAGAUACAAGAAAUUAAAAACAACAAAAAUAGAAAUAACAUUUGUUCGAAAUUGGAUUAAACUGUUGGAUACUUUUAUGCCCUGGGGAUUUAUCGAGUUAAUAAAAUUUUAAUUCUUGUCACUUCUACACCAACCAAGUGAACGCAGAAUACAAAAUUGUGUCUUUUGCUUCAAUAACAUGUGCAAUUGUACUAGAUGCCGCUGCCACCGCCAAUGCCACCAAGUUGAUGUGUCCAAUGCUUUUAACAGUUAACCCAUUGAGUACAUAAAAAACACAAAAAAUAAUAUAACUAAGAGUGAAAAAGCAGGCCAACCACGUUGUGGGAUUUGCUGGCCUACUUCAAACAAAUACAAACAAAAGAAGCAAAACUCCAGUUCCACGCAUAGCUUUAUUCUAUAGCCAGUUGCUUUGCUUGCUUUGGGAUCAAUAAAACACUAGAAGCGCUGUGGGAAAGAGACAGGCGUAGUAGGUGAUAGGAACGAGGCAAUGAUUUCGGUGGCACCAGUCUUAUAGACCGGGUCUUAUUUUUUCUCCCCCCCAUCGGUCAGCGAAAAAAUGCUUCCACCAACAAAAAGGACGAUAACGCCAUCAGCAGCAGCAGCAAUCAGACCGUCGACAGCAGCCAUAACAAUUCAGCUUGGAAAAUAUUUUUAUAAUCGAAUUGAUGGCGACAUCCGCAGAGGCACUGGCAAAGGAAGCAGCAGCGAACAAGGCAGUGGCAGAAACAACAUCUGCAAAAGCAGAAGCGGCAUCAACAACGUCAUUCAUCAACGCAGCGGACCUAGUGCGAGAAGGAAGGUGUGGAGCAUCAGCACCAACAUCAGCCCCACCAAUAGCAAAAAUUGCUUUGUUCAGGUGCUUUUGUUAACAUGGGCUUGGGCUUUGCUUCACGUCGUUCCAACAGGAGCUUUGGAUAUUGCGACAUGUAAAAAUCCCCUCGGCAUGGAAUCCGGUGCUAUAGCGGAUUUUCAAAUCACAGCCAGCUCAGCACAUGACAUGGGCAACGUUGGCCCCCAGCACGCAAGGCUGAAAAUCGACAACAAUGGCGGAGCAUGGUGUCCGAAACACAUGGUUUCGCGUGGCCUUAAAGAGUAUCUACAAAUCGAUCUUCUUCAAGUUCACGUGAUUACAUCUAUUCGCACCCAGGGAAGAUUUGGCAAGGGUCAAGGACAAGAAUACACCGAGGCUUAUGUAUUGGAAUAUUGGCGUCCUGGGUUCACAAAUUGGAUUCGUUGGAAGAACAUUCAAGGCAAAGAGAUACUGCCAGGCAACAUCAAUACAUACAGCGAAGUAGAAAAUGUUCUACAGCCAAUUAUUUUUGCCUCGAAAAUUCGCAUUUAUCCUUAUAGUCAGUACGAUAGAACGGUGUGUCUGAGAGCUGAAGUUCUCGGAUGUCCUUGGGAAGAAGGAAUUGUAUCCUAUAGUAUACCGAAGGGUGUUCAGCGUGGUAUGGAAAUCGAUUUAUCCGAUAAAACCUAUGAUGGCCACGAGGAGGGCGACAGAUUUGUAGAUGGCUUGGGUCAGUUGGUCGAUGGCCAAAAGGGAAAGGAUAAUUUUCGAACAGAUAUUCACGGAUUUGGAAAGGGCUAUGAAUGGGUUGGCUGGAGAAACGAUACUCCAGGUCUUCUUGACAAACAUGUUGAAAUUGUUUUUGAAUUCGAUUCAGUUCGAAAUUUCAGUGCAAUUGUUUUACAUACGAACAACAUGUUCUCAAAAGAUGUUCAGGUUUUUGUUCAUGCUAAAGUAUUCUUCAGCAUAGGUGGCCGCCAUUUUACUGGCGAGCCUGUACAAUUUUCUUAUAUGCCAGACACAAUUUUGGACCAUGCCAGAGACGUAACAAUAAAAUUACACCACCGAAUCGGUCGAUACCUCCAAGUACAUUUAUAUUUUGCCCUGAGGUGGAUAAUGCUGAGUGAAAUAUCAUUUAUAUCAGUGCCAGUAGUGGGAAAUUUCACGGACGAAGAAAUAAGUGGGAGUACGUCGCCCCAAGAAACUCCCGAGUACCCAUUACAGAGGGAUGAAGUUCAAACGAACCCCAGCAAAGGAGAACGCAGCCACGUACCGCAAAUAAUUUCGCCAAAACCUAUCGACCAGGAACCGGAACCAAAUUUCGUUGGGGCGAUAAUAGCCAUACUGACUACAAUCAUCCUAUUGCUAGUGGCUGCUAUCCUGUUGAUAAUUGCCAAGAAUAAGCGUGCGAGAGGGAGUAAUGUCCUUGAUGCAUUUCAACAUACAUUCAAUCCGGAUUCGUUAGGCGCUGACAAGAGGCUUAAUAUAAACAUGAAGAAUUGUCAUCUAUUUCAGGUUGCAAUGGACGACAGUGAAUCAAUCGAUAAGAACAGCCUUUACCACGAACCCUUCAAUGUAAAUAUGUACACAAGUGCGGCAAGCGGAUGUUCCAUGAACGAUUUGCAACGGCAUCAUGUUACACCCGACUAUACAGAUGUACCGGAUAUUGUAUGCCAGGAAUAUGCCGUCCCACAUAUGCAGGACCUCAUACCAAAAGUACCGGGUGGCUAUGUUGGGGUACGCAUGACACCACCACCACCAUUGAAUAAUAUAUUCCCAAAACCGCCACCACCGGUCCCACCGCCACCCACAGAGAAAUAUUAUGCAGCCACAGCGAUUUGUAAGCCGAUACCGAAUGGCAAUAGCAACACUGGCAUUGGAUCCAACACUGGCACCGGCACCAGCAGCAGUCUUUUGGGAGUUGGUGGUCCAAAUGGGUUUGUUGGAGGAACGGGAGUCAACACGACAGCCACAACUCCAACCGGGACGAUAAAUUCAACCCCAACAGCUCCACCGAUGAAUCCAUAUGGUGAUGUCGAUGCAAUUUCAACCGACGAGGAUUUAAUACAGCUGCAAGAAUUUCCAAGGCAAUCCUUAGUUAUUGUCGAGAAAUUAGGCUGUGGUAUCUUUGGUGAAUUACAUUUAUGCGAAACCAAAGGAUUAAGCUCAAAUCUAGUUGCGGUUGCAACUUUACGUCCUGGUGCUCCAGACCACAUGCGAAAGGAAUUCCGUUCGAAGGCCAGGCACUUGGCACAUCUUAAUGAUCCAAAUGUGGCCAAAAUACUGGGCGCCUGUCUGCGGGACGAGCCAAUUUGUAUGGUUCUCGAUUAUAGCAAUUGUCUGGGCGAUUUGAAUCAAUUCCUCCAGGAGCAUAUAGCAGAAACGGGUUUAAAGGGUGUGCCCAACAAAAGUUUAAGCUAUGGAUGCUUAGUUUAUAUAGCAACACAAAUUGCAUCAGGAAUGAAGCAUUUAGAGCAAAUGAAUUUUGUUCAUCGGGACCUUGCAACAAGGAGUUGCAUAAUCGGACCAGAGCUGGAAGUCAAAGUGUGCUCCAUUGGAACUGUGAUAAAUCGAUCGGCAUAUGUUGCCGACUAUUGCCAACUUGAAGGUACUGGAAGACAAUCACAGCCAAUGCCAAUCAGAUGGAUGUCGUGGGAGAGUGUUUUAUUGGGAAAAUUCACUUCAAAGUCUGAUGUAUGGUCAUUUGCUGUUACCCUUUGGGAAAUUCUAACUUUUGCCCGGGAGCAGCCUUACGAGAAUAUGACUGAUGAAAAAGUUAUUGAAAAUAUUGGUCACAUAUAUCAGGACGAUAAAAAAUAUGUUCUUCUUCCAAUGCCAAUGAAUUGCCCACGUGAAAUCUACGAUCUUAUGUGUGAAUGCUGGCAGCGCAAUGAAUCGAAUCGACCUAAUUUCCGUGAAAUUCAUCUUUUUUUACAACGAAAAAAUCUUGGCUAUAAGCCGACAUCAACGCUCUAUUGAAAAUUACCUAACGGCUUCAUUCACUAACUUCGUGUUACCCGUUUGGGUGGGCGGCGGUAACGUUGUCGCGUCACGUAACGUCGUAGUCGUGGUUUUACAGCUUGAAGCCGUUUGUUGUUUUUUUUUAAAUACAAUUGUUCUAAAAUUUUGUCAUCUGUGAAUGAAUAAUUUCCAUACGUAUCCCCCUUUUUUGAUGGAUACGAAAAUCAUCAACGGAAAAGAAGAAGACGUCUUAACAAAAAUAAAUAAACUCAUCGUGAAAGUAUCUAGUAUAUAUUAUAUAUAGGUUUACGUGCAUAGAUAUAUUUUUGUUCAAUAAAUUAAACCAAUUACAAUAUAACGGUGAUGGUGAUGACAAAGAUAGGGAUGACUAGUUCGACAGAUGGUCUGGUCGUACAUCGCUAAUCUGAAAAAAAAAACAACUAAACCGCACUUGACAAUGAUGGAUCGAAUUGAUAAUUUAGAAUUAAGAUUAAAUAUUACUCUAGUAAAACGUGUUUAUCAAAAAUUAAAAAAUUAAAUACUAAUAUUAUUUUUUUUUACAUAUUGCAUAAGACGAAAUUAACACCUCACAGUGUUAUGAUGUAAAUAAUAUAGGAAAAAACAUUUUGUUUAUUACAUACAUAAUGUAGUUAAUCGUUUUAAUUUAACAAAUUUAUAAUACGGAAGUUUUUAUGUUGAUAAUCUAUUCUUAAUCUAAUAGACUGCAGUUUUUAUGUUUCAUGUUCGGUUCAAGAAAUUAAUUUUAAUCUGCUAUCAGAAAUCAAUUUUUUUUCAUCUUAAACAGAAAUAAACUACAUUUUCGCAUGAAAAAAUUACCUAGUGUAUAUACAUAUAAAUGCAUUGUUUUGGUGUAAAAAAUAAUAAUUCAAAACCAAUAAGACUUGUAUAAAUCGAAGAUUAUAAAAAAAAAUAACUAAAAAUACAUAUAGCUAUAAAAAAGUCAACCUUAAUUAGAUGGAACAAUUGGUCAUAAGGCCAACAAUUAAAAAAAAUACUUUUGUUUUUAUGUAGAUAUUAUAAAUACAUUUAAAAACCCACACCAACUUUAACCACACGCGGAAAAUUAAAUGAAUUUAUAUAUGUAUUUAAACACAAAAAAAUCAUGCACUUGCUGAAAUAAAUAAAAAAUACAUUUACCAAAUUUUAUACAUAUUUUCUAUAAGCAAAUAUUACUAAAUAUAUAUAUAUAUAUACAUCUUAAACAACAUUUUCUUUUAUUUAAUUUUAAAACAAAUAUAGUAUUUAAUUUAAAAAUUAACUAGAUUUAAUGAUUAAAUUAAAAUCAUAA